GAGACAGAGUUCCUUAAAACUUCAAAUUCCUAAACCCAUUAUCAUUCACUAUAUAAACAACCCCAACCAUCCGUGUCUACAAAACUAUCUACUAAAUCCACUCGUUUUUCUGUCUACUUUUUCUCUGUUACUGCAUAAUCACAUAUCUACUACGCCUUUUUCUUGAUCUUGAUCUUCUUCUUCUUCUUCAAUCAAGCAAUGGCUGCUACUCUUAUCACUCCUGUUGGUGACGAUUCCCUGAAAGAUUAUCCCGGAAAACUUACUUGGUAUGUCUUCGUAACUUGCAUAGUGGCCGCUAUGGGUGGCCUGAUUUUUGGCUACGACAUCGGUAUCUCUGGUGGGGUGACAUCAAUGGCUCCGUUUCUUGAAAAGUUUUUCCCGUCUGUGUAUCGGAAGGAAGAGCUCGAUCACUCAACCAAUCGGUACUGCAAGUUCGACAGCCAAACGCUGACCAUGUUUACGUCGUCCCUGUAUUUGGCUGCUCUUUUUGCGUCCUUCUUCGCCUCGGCAAUGACCAAGAAACUGGGCCGCAAGUUUUCCAUGCUUAUGGGCGGUUGCGUCUUCUGUUGCGGUGCUCUUCUCAACGCCUUCGCUGUACACCUCGCUAUGCUCAUCAUCGGUCGAAUUUUGUUAGGUAUUGGUGUUGGUUUCGCCACUCAGUCAGUGCCACUGUUCGUAUCGGAGAUGGCUCCACACAGAUACCGCGGAACCCUCAACGUCUGCUUCCAACUAUUCAUCACAAUCGGCAUUCUGAUUGCCGGUCUGAUCAACUACUUCACCAACAUGAUCAAGGGCGACUUGGGCUGGCGCAUCAGCUUGGGCGGCGCCGCUGUUCCAGCCGUCCUAAUGAUCUUGUCAUCUCUCUGGGUCUCCGAAACCCCAAACUCCCUCAUUGAGAGAGGCCACUUCGACAAAGCCAAGAAGCAGCUCCAGCGCAUCCGCGGAGUCGCCGACGUCCAAGCCGAGUUCAACGAUCUGGUGGAUGCCAGUGCAGCCUCAAAGCAAGUGGAACACCCAUGGAGGAACCUAUCCAUGAGGAAGUACAGACCUCAGCUUUGUUUGGCUAUUUUGAUUCCCAUGUUUCAGCAACUCACUGGGAUCAAUGUGGUUAUGUUCUACGCUCCUGUGCUGUUCAAGACCAUUGGGUUUCAAAGCAACGCUUCGCUUGCAUCGGCCAUGAUCACCGGUGGUGUCAAUGUUCUUGCCACAUUUAUCUCUGUUUUUGGGACUGAUAUGUAA